CACUGACAAGUUUUAUGAAAUCGAUUGUGGUGUAGAACGAAUCAAGGUUGUUCACUUUUAUGAUUCUCCGCAUCUCUUAAAAGCUUUGCAACAGUGAUUUGGCAUAACCGCGCAAGACUACUUUCGAAUCUUUUUUCAAAAUUUUAUCUCGUUCAUUCGAAUAACAGUUUAUUGUUCUCUUCUCCGCCCACCGGUUCACGUAAAGGACACGAGAUGAAGACUGUUUACGGAGUUUUCUUCGUCGUUAUAUUCAUCCACCACGCCCAUCCCCAGAGUACACAAACAGCUGUAAAAGAUAUCGGUGGAACUAUAGAAAUGAAUUGUUCAGUUUUCAAUGCUAGCAGAUUUCCUGUCGCAUGGCUUAAAUUUGAGAAAGAAGAUCCUACUAAAACUGUUGUUCUAUCAAUUGGUAAUAAUCUUAUUGUUAGAGAUUCAAGAUUUUCAUUAGGAGUUUUCAUUGGAACCGAAAGCAGUAGUCGAACAUUUAAGAUUACGAAUAUACAUAAUAACGAUGUAGCUUUAUAUCGCUGUGUAGUGAUGUGUGAUGAUGUCGACGGCGACACCAAUACAUCUGCAGAUGUUCAGUUAGAAGUCAAUCGGUCUCCGGUCAUUUUAAAAUUGUCUUCGUCUUCCACCAUAAUGAUCGCGAGAGAAGGUCUACCGUCGAGACUAGAAUGUUAUGCUGACGGAUUUCCUGAACCAAGGGUUUCCUGGAGUCGACAAUAUAAUGGAAUUUUAACUACGGGAGGACAGUUUUAUAGAGGUAAUGUCUUACACUUUCGUAACGUAACAAAAGAUGACCGUGGAAUUUAUCUCUGCGAUGCGGUGAAUAGUGUUGGCGAAGGUGUACGGCACAUUGUCGACUUUCGUGUAGAAUUUGCCCCAGUCAUAACGGCUUCGAAAAUUAUGUAUACUCACAGUGAUCCUUUGAAGCAAGACAUGGAUGUCCAAUGUCUUGUAGAAGCUUAUCCAGCUCCGAAAAUUGAUUGGCUAUAUAAUGGAGUUAUACUAAUCGGCGAUAACAACAAAAGAUUCAGAAUUAUGGAAAAGACCACUGAACACCAGCUUACCUUUUCGUCUUUAAAUUUUAACGAAAUUGAUUAUGAUCGAUACGGAAAGUACACAUGUAAAGCUCGGAACACAAUUGGUACAGCUGAAGUCACAGUUAUUGAAACACCAUGCCAAAAACCAAAGUGUGAUACUAAACGCAUUCGUCCGGAGCAUAUACCAAAUUUCUACGGUUUACCUUUUGAAUAAUAAUUAUACUUGGCAUUGAUAAUAA